GUGCCUUUUGCUUCUACAGCCCUUCACAGCUUAGGUACCUGAACAUAACUAGAUCGCUUUAAAGGGCCUGGGGAUUGUGGAAGAAUGGCCAGACAUCUCACCUUGUGUUUCAUUUUGCUGAUCAUAUUGAUUGACAAGAGUGAAGCCUGUUUCUGUGACCACUACCCAUGGACUCACUGGUCCAGCUGCUCUAAAUCCUGCAAUUCUGGAACCCAGAGCAGACAGAGACAAAUAGUAGUGAAUGAUUACUAUCGGGACAACUCGUGUGAUGAGCUUUGUACCAAGCAGGAGACCAGACAGUGCAACUUGCAGAUGUGUCCCAUCAACUGUGCCCUAGGAGACGAUGGAACAUGGUCAGACUGUGACCCUUGUACUGAAAAACAGGUUAAAGUUAAAUCUGUCCUGCGCCCAAGUCAGUUUGGGGGACAACCAUGCACAGAGCCUCUGGUGACCUUUCAACCAUGUGUCCCAUCUGAGCUCUGCAAAAUUGAAGAGACUGAUUGCAAGAAUAAAUUCCUCUGUGACAGUGGGCGCUGUAUUCUCAGCAAGUUAGAAUGCAAUGGAGAAAAUGACUGUGGAGACAAUUCAGAUGAAAGGAACUGUGGGAGGACAAAGCCAGUGUGCCCACGGACAUACACUCCCAUCCCUAGUGUGCAGCUGAUGGGCGCUGGGUUUCAUUUUCUGGCAGGAGAGCCCAGAGGAGAAGUCCUUGAUAACUCUUUCAAUGGAGGAAUAUGUAAAACCAUCAAGAACAGUAGAACCAGUAAUCCAUACCGUGUUCCAGCCAAUCUGGAAAAUGUCACCUUUGAGGUACAAAGUACAGAAGAUGACUUGCAAACAGAUUUCUACAAGGACUUAGCCACUCUCAAGAAUAAUAAAGAUCAAGCCGAUUCAUCGUUGGGUGAGCAGGAUACUUCUUUCCAUGUACCGAUUUUUUAUUCCUCAAAGAAAAGUGAAAGUCUCCAACGAAACUCCGCCUUCAGAAGAGCCAUUAAAGCCUCCUACAAGAUGGAUUCUAGCUUUGUCAGGAUCCAUAAAGUGAUAAAAGUCUUAAACUUCACAAUGAAAACGACAGACCUGCAGCUUUCGGAUGUCUUCCUGAAAGCCCUUGUCCGCCUACCUUUAGAAUACAACUCUGCUUUGUACAGCCGGAUAUUUGAUGACUUCGGGACCCACUACUUCACCUCAGGCUCUCUGGGGGGCAAGUAUGACCUGCUCUACCAAUUCAGCCGCCAGGAGUUACAGAACUCAGGUUUAACAGAAGAAGAAACUCGAAAAUGUGUCCGGUAUGAAACAAGGAAACGUUAUUUCCUUUUUAAGAAAACAUACAAGGAAGACCGGUGCACCACAAAUAAGCUGUCUGAAAAAUAUGAAGGUUCCUUUUUGCAGGGAACAGAGAAAUCCAUAUCCCUGAUCCAGGGAGGGAGGAGUAGGGAGGCAGCAGCCUUGGCUUGGGAGAAAGGCACCUCUGGACCAGAGGAGAACGUCUUUUCUGAGUGGUUAGAAUCAGUGAAGGAAAACCCUGCUGUGGUUGAUUAUGAGCUUGCCCCGAUCACCGACUUGGUCAGAAACAUCCCGUGUGCAGUGACAAAACGGAACAACCUCAGGAAAGCGCUUCAAGAGUAUGCAGCCAGGUUUGACCCUUGCCAGUGUGCUCCAUGCCCUAAUAAUGGCCGCCCCAGGCUCUCAGGCACGGAAUGUCUCUGUGUGUGCCAGAGCGGUACCUACGGUGAGAACUGCGAGAGUCGAUCCCCGGAUUACAAAUCUGAUGCAGUGGAUGGAAACUGGGGCUGCUGGACUUCCUGGAGUGCAUGUAAUGCGGCUUAUAAAAGAUCGAGAACCCGGGAGUGUAACAACCCUGCACCACAGCGAGGAGGGAAACGCUGUGAGGGCAAGCAUCAGCAAGAAGAAGACUGUACAUUCUCAAUAAUGGAAAAUGUUGGACAACCAUGUAUCAGCGAUGAUGAAGAAAUGAAAGAGGUAGACCUUGUUGAGCCAGAAGCAGAUUCAGGGUGUCCCCAGCCACCUCUCCCGGAAAAUGCAUUUAUCUGGAAUGAGAAGAAACUAUACUCAGUUGGGGAGGAAGUUGAGAUUUCAUGUCUUACUGGAUUCAAAGCUGUUGGAUACCAGUACUUCAGAUGCUUACCAGACAGAACCUGGAGGCAAGGAGACGUCGAAUGCCAACGGACCUCGUGCCUCAAGCCAGUUGUUCAGGAUGUCCUGACCAUCUCCCCGUUUCAGAGAGUGUAUAAGAUUGGGGAAUCCAUUGAGCUGACAUGCCCCAGAGGCUUUGUGGUUGCUGGGCCAUCAAGGUAUACAUGCAGGGGAGACUCCUGGACACCUCCCAUUUCAAAUUCAUUGACUUGUGUAAAAGAUAGUCUGACCAAGUCAAAGGGCCUUUGUCAACCAGGACAAAAACAAUCAGGAUCCCAGUGUAUUUGUAUGUCCCCAGAAGAAGACUGUAGCAGUUAUUCGGAAGAUCUCUGUAUAUUUGAUGGGGGAUCCAGCCAGUACUUCACUUCAUCCGCUUGCAAAUUUUUGGCUGAAAAAUGUUUAAACAACAACCAGUUCCACUUUGUCCAUGCUGGUUCCUGCCAAGAAGGCCCACAGUUAGAAUGGGGCCUUGAGAGGCUAAAACUCGCAUUGAAUAGCACAAAGAGAGUGCCCUGUGGAUACAACACCUGCUAUGACUGGGAAAAUUGUUCAGCCCACACUUCCAACUGUGUCUGCCUGUUGCCCCCACAGUGCUCCGAGGAUGAGAACCAACUCUACUGUGUCAAAAUGGGAUCAUCUACACGUGGGAAAACAGUAAACAUCUGUACAGUUGGAGCGGUGAGGUGUGCAAAGAGGAAGGUGGAAAUACUGAAUGCUGGGAGGUGCUCAGAUUAGCAUGGCUAGUGAUAAGUGAAUUUACUUCCUA